CGGCAUCCGUGACUCAUGUGGGUGCUCCCUAGCUGGAAACAGGGAUGGAAUGGACUAGCAAUUGCAACAGCCUGGAAGGUCAAACUACUUCAGAUUGAGUUCUCUUGUGGUAGUAUGGCAGCAGCGUUCCUAGAUGGCAAGGAUGCAAACUCUCUCCUCAAACGUUUUCCGCGGGCUAAUGGCUUCCUGGAGGAAUUCCGGCCGGGCAAUAUUGAGAGGGAGUGUGCCGAAGAGAGCUGCAGCUUUGAGGAGGCCAAUGAAGUGUUUGAAAAUAAGGAGCGAACGAUGGAGUUCUGGAAAAACCGCAGCAUCUACACAGUGAACAGCAAUGCUGAUUCUCGCUCGGAGCGCCCGGAAACCGUGUACAUGGUGGUGCCUCUACUGGGCGUGGCUCUUCUCAUCAUCAUCGCGCUCUUCCUCAUCUGGCGCUGUCAACUGCAGAAGGCCACGCGCCGACGUCCGGCCUACACCCAGAACCGCUAUCUGGCUAACCGGAACGCCCGCAGCCUCCCGCGCAUCCUGGUGCACCGCGACCCUCCCUCGCAUUCAGAGAACUCUCACGCCAAUGACAGGCCCAGCGUGGUGGUCAGCAGUGGCGAGAGGGGCGGGGCUUCGGUCACGCCGCAAGAUGCCCAUCAUCACACCAACCACUCUCAGAACAAUCGCUCCCUGUAUGUACAAGAUUCGUCUUUGUCCGUGGCUUCCCACCUAUCCGGGGCGACCCCACCGCCAUCCUACGAGGAAGUUACUGGCCACUUAGAGAGCAGCAGCGAUGAGACGACAGCCCCCUACAGUGAUCCUCCACCCAAAUAUGAGGAGAUAGUGCUAGAAAAGUGAGAGCUUUCAUAAAAAAGGACUCAUAUAGCGGUAACCAAACGUUAGGGAUGCACUGGUUCCCAAGCACUUAUCCUAAUGUGGCUCUCACUCUGAAUAGAGUGUGCAGGCUAUGUAUGUGACGGUCUCCUUGUGUCGUUGAUCGGUUCGUGGACUGCACUGGUAAACGUGGUUGUUUUUCAAGUCGCAAAGGGUCCUCCUGCCUUCACAGUCAUGCAGCCUUCUCACCAUUUCCUUGCACCUUUUCACUCUUCCUUCGACCUAUCACACCAUAACCCAUGGCGGCAGUGGCUGCCAUUCAGAAAGAAAAAUGUAUAGAAGUAAGUGAAGAAGAGAUAUAUCCCUCACCGAGAGUUGCCAAGUUGUGCGCUGCAUGGUAAUUGCAUCAGGCAUCAAGCUUCGGUGGCCUGCAAGGAAUCGAAAGGAGUGUUCAUGCGGGAAAACAAGAUGAUGUGCCAAAUCUAAUUGGUGUAUCGUAGAAAUGUUCAGACACACUGAAUAUUUAUAGUGUGUGCGUGCUGUCCUUUCUUGUGUUCAUAAAGUCACGAUUUCACCACGUAUACUAAUUCCUGUGAAUUCUUAUACCAGCAGUAUCUCUGAUCCAUGCCAACGUCCUUAGAAUUAGUAAUACACUCUUACUUGUAACACUAAUGGGAACAAAACAAAUGCAAAAUACAACAUCCAAAUCACAUAUCCGUCAAACCGAAGACCGCCGUGUGGAAAAUGCACUCGCAGGUAUGCACACAAUUCGAUUGUUUACAGACACAUACACAGAAAUUUACAUAGAAUGUAAUGCGUUUGUUUCGUGUGGAGCUUGGCCUUAGAAACAUGUAAGAAUAGUCAAUCAAAUCGUCUGCUCAGUUGCUUGUGAUUCUACGGUAAUUGAGAGAUUUUACCUCAAACGCUGUGCUCACACAAUCACUCUCUCCCAAGACACAAAUGCACAAAAACUCACACAUAAAAAAACUAAAAACUGUGUUUGGGGCCCAAUCAUUGGAUAAUACAACGUUCCAGGCCCUCGAUUUUUUUGUUUUGUUGUUCUCCCCGUUGUUCUCAGACUGAUUACAAUGUGUUUUAUUACCCUUUUUUUUAUAACAGCGUAAAAACUGUGUGAAUUUGUACAGAGCUUCCUGUGGCUUUUGACAUCACCAGGUGCUAUUCUGUACUAUAAUGCUGCUUGUUCUCACCUUGUUUCCCUCCUCAUCACUAUCUCUCUGUGUAUACGGCUUGUGCUCUUAACUAGUCAACCAAACUGCCCAUCUAUUACAUGUGGCUGAAUCAUGUUUUCCAGCUCAGGUUUAAGCCAAUGAACUGCUGCCAUUGUGGUAAAUGUGUAAAUAAUCUCUCACACUGCCAACUUUUGAGUGACUGGGAUAUUCGACUUGAGGCGAGGUCACAUUUACCAAGGAUCAAUGAAUUUUUGCGUGCAAAAUGAGGGCGUAAGAUUGCCUUAAGCAGAUUUCACUCAAAUUAGCCGUUUUGACCACAAAAUUUCGCGAAUGUGACCAGACUUUAGCAUUGUGAUGGGAAUAUCGCUGUAUCAAUCCAAUAUAAAUGUAAAAGUGACAUUGCAAGGAGUCAGUGGGUUGUUGGGCAAAGCACUAAAACUAAUAAAGCCUUAAUAUAAUUGUGCUGAAAUCACUGUAUUAUAAAAUGCUAAUGCAAAAAGGGUUAGAACUUUAACGUGACCAAACGCUUUCAUCCAAACAGUAGAUCGAACAGAUUGAAUAUAUAUACAAGCACAGUAUUUGAAAGAUGCACCGGGGAAGUGGGGGAAAAUGGAGGAAUUGCAAACUGCUUACUUGGCUUGGGGCUCUGCUCAAGUCUCUUGGGCCUCUUACUCCAGCCGCAACAAUCAAUCCCACAAUGCCCUGACAGACUGUCUUUUGCGCUGAUGGAGCACCCAGCUCAGUAGACAGCAUUGAUAAUGGCUGGCACGGACUGCAGAUCAGUUUCAGGCUUGGAUGCUGUUGAAAGACUGAUAAGAGAAUAGCAUAGACAACUCACUAUAGCAGAUGUUGAGCGUUAAGAGUUGUAAGUUAUGGCUGAACGUCACAAUGUCACAUAAAGCAACAUGUUUCUAUUGUAACAACAUCAUGUCAGAGGUAGCAAGAACUGAAGAUAAUUUCAAGUGUGGUUUAUCUUUGUGUUUAUUUUAGACUAAGAGAGAACUGUAUGCGUGAAGAAAUGUGUCAGAGAAAAUGUGUGUGUAUAUGUGUUCGUAUCUAUGCCUGUUGCCAGCACUCAUGUUCCUGUCUAGCAUUUGUGCUAGUAAGAAUGUGCCACAGAAGCCACAGGCUUUGGUUUAUAUGCUAAAUAUAUGUGUUAUAUCCUAAACCAAAACGUAAUAUAUCAUUGUUGUUCUUCAAGCCAAAUUGCAUGAUUUUUUUUUUUUUUUUAUCAUUCAUGAUGUUUUUUUUUUUCAUUUAUAUAUAUAUUUUCCAACUUUGCUUUAAUUAUCUUAGAUCUGUUUGUGCUGGUUACAACAAUUUUGCAUUCAUGAACAUAAGCACUGGUAUUGAAAUUCAUAAUUAUGACAGAAUUGUACAUUUGUACAAGACAUUUGUGUAUGUCUCAUAUCAAAUUUCCUUCAUUUUAGGCAUCAUGGCAGUUUCUAUACCAAAUGGAUAUAAUAUACUGAAAUAUCCAUUUAGUGUGAAUAUACAUUGCAUAUAAUUAGUCGCACAUGAAAGUCAGUUGCGUAAAUAGUAAACUGAUGCAUGAAUCCAGUUUGAUUUUUUAUUAUUUUUAUUUUGCUUUAGAAAUAUUUCUUCAUAUUUAAGCUUGAAUAUAAUUAGGAAAAAAAUGAUUACAGCACAGAUUGUUAAAAGUAUUAACUAUCAAUGAAAUGUCUCACACAAAGAAAAUGAUUGGUAAUUGCUCUUUAUUACUUUUAAUUAGGCUUUAAUCGUGUUUAAUAGACAAUUGACUUUAAAAACAGCCAGAAGUCUUUAGAGUCUUCCAUAACAAAUCUAUAUAGCUUUUCUUUAAAGAUUUGUCUCACAUGGAUCUUAACAGAGCUUCCAAUGAGAUUGAUAUAUUUUGAAAAAUUAUGUUGUUCCUGUUCUAUCACAAACAUCAUAUAUGAAUCAUUUCAUUAAAUUUAAAUGUACAGUACAUAUCGUAUCACCUUAAUGGAAGAGUUGUGAUUAGAGAACUUAUUUUACUAUCACUGAGGUACUAUUAUAGUUUGUGUUAAUAUUUUAAAUUUGUUUUCAAUUAUUUUUAUUUUCCAUUUUAUUAAUUUUGCGUUUUUGUCAUUUAGCCUAUUAUUUUUUUUAAUAUGUCUGCAUAGUUUUAUAGUACAUUCUAUAUAGGUUUUAGUUUCGUUUAUUUCAGUUUUUAGUUUAUUUUAGUGCAUUAAGUUAACAAGCUGAAAGGAUUUUUUAAUGUGUAACAAUAACCCUGUUAGAAAAACACUACAUGUUUACAUUUUGCUCAGAAAUGUGGAUUUAUGGACACAGUUUAUAUCCAAAACAUCUGUAUUUGUUAAAUAAAGGGAGAUAAAACAACAUUUCACAUGUUUGUUACUCCUGAGAAAUGUUUUCCUUUCCCUGAGAUCACACUGUUAAUUGAAUGUUCCAAGUGCCAAUUUCCUUUUUGUGAAAGCACCGAUGUUCUUGAAUAAUAGUCUAUUAAAGAACGAAA